AAAGGCAGAGGCUCCUCUCACAGGCGGCUGCAGCCCUGCUUGCGCUUAUUGCAAUCGCAGCUUCUCAUUUGCGCUUUAAUUGCUGUGUCGCCUCUAAACCCCGAUGUGUUCUGCUAGCGGGGACCUGCACACUGGGCUUUCUACACCUGCCUUGCUAGGGAUCGGUGGCUAGUGGGGCCAGCCGGGAGGUACAAGGACACCCCAGUGCUCCAGCCAGUAGGGAGGCUGCAGCUCCACAUCCUCCGAGCCUUUGAUGUAAUUGGCUUCGCUCGGACGAGAUGCUGGUUGUGACUCGAAUUCUGCUGCUGGGCUUCAUCUGUACUCUGGUGGCCCCCCCUGGGCUGGCAUGUGGACCUGGCAGAGGCAUUGGCAAAAGGAGGCACCCUAAAAAACUCACCCCUUUAGCCUACAAGCAGUUCAUCCCCAACGUGGCUGAGAAGACCCUGGGGGCCAGUGGUCGAUACGAAGGAAAGAUUACAAGGAACUCGGAUCGAUUUAAAGAGUUAACCCCCAAUUAUAACCCUGAUAUUAUUUUUAAAGACGAGGAGAACACCGGAGCAGACCGACUCAUGACUCAGAGAUGUAAGGACAAGCUGAACGCCUUGGCGAUCUCAGUGAUGAACCAGUGGCCGGGGGUGAAGCUGCGGGUCACGGAGGGUUGGGAUGAGGAUGGGCACCACUCGGAGGAGUCGCUGCAUUACGAGGGGAGAGCAGUGGACAUUACCACGUCGGACCGGGACCGCAGUAAAUACGGGAUGCUGGCCAGGCUGGCGGUGGAAGCCGGGUUCGACUGGGUCUAUUUUGAGUCCAAGGCUCACAUCCACUGCUCGGUCAAAGCAGAGAACUCGGUGGCGGCCAAGUCGGGGGGGUGCUUCCCGGGCAGUGCCAGGGUGAUGGUGGAACCGGGCGGCACCAAAGCGGUGAGAGAGCUGCGCCCCGGGGACCGGGUCCUCUCCUCCGACCCCCAAGGGAAUCUCAUCUACAGCGAUUUCCUCCUGUUCAUAGACAAGGAGCAUGACGUCAAGAAGCUCUAUUACGUCAUCCAGACGUCUCAGACCCGAAUCCGGAUGACGGCGGCCCACCUGCUUUUCGUGGCCCAGAGCAACGGAACCGGGUCUUUCAAGUCUGUGUUUGCCAGCAACGUCCGACCUGGGGAUGUCAUUUAUAGCGCAGAUCGGAGGGAUAUGACCUUGAGGGAGGCGAUGGUGGAGAAGGUUGACCUUGAGGAGGACAUUGGGGCUUUUGCCCCCGUAACUGCCCAGGGGACUGUGGUUAUAGACGAGGUGUUGGCCUCCUGCUAUGCAGUCAUUGAGGAGCAUAGGUGGGCACACCUGGCAUUCGCCCCACUGAGGUCGGCCAUUAGCCUUUCAUCCUAUCUUUUCCCCAGAGACUCCAGUCCUUCGCUUGAAUCGUACGAGCAAGUUGAAGGCAUUCACUGGUACUCCCGACUACUUUAUCACCUAGGGACUUGGCUAUUGGACAGUAAGUCCCUGCACCCCCUGGGCAUGGCGGCAACGAAAUCCAGUUGAAAGUCCCCAUUUCACUGCAUUGAGACAAAAAAACAACAACUUUAUUUUUCAAGUAGAACUUGUCUAAAGAGCCCAGAUUUUCCUUUCACGGUUCUGUUUAUUUUAUUUCUCCCGUUCCCUUUUUUUUUUGUUUUAUAUAUUAUUUUGUAUUUUUUUCGUUUUAUUUCGUAUUGUUUUUACGAUUUCCUACUGAAUAUUUAUUUGUUUUGGCAUUUGACUAGAUGUUUCAAAAUGGACAUUGGAGAAGCCUUAAAUAGUUACUUGGAUAAUUUAUUAUCACGCAUACCUGGGGUGGCCUCACGAUAGAGUUGGUCUUGGGGAGACCCCCCCCACCCCCCCAAAAAAAAACGCUCAGCAGAGUCUAUUUUUCUACAUGUCACUUAUGUUUUGACUUUCACAAAAAACACAUUUAUCGUGUAUUUUCUCCCCCCCCCCUUCCCCCCCAGACCAGACCUUCCAAGGAGGUGUCCACACAACUACUAAGGUCUCCCCCCCCCCCCCCCCCCCCAUUUUUAGUGAAAGUGUUACCUAUUUGUAAACGACUUGCCUGGGCGAGGUUCAAUAAAUUAUAUUUUUAUACACAGAAUUGUAAAUUAGAUUUUUGCAGAAAAUCAAAUACUUAACUGAAUGACAUUUCGUUUUCCGAAAUAGUUGUACAUUACGAGAAUAUAUUAUUUUAAUUUAAAGAUAGUUUCACACGAUAAUAACGUUCUCUUCUAUUCCUUUUCGUUAUUUUUCGUUUUCGUUUUAAUAUUUUUGUUGUUGUUUAUGUAUAAAAAAAAUAGGGAUCGGUCGCCUUCAUGUCAAUCCAGACUGUUACACCCACAUCAGAGACAAACGAAAAAAAAUAAAUAAACCAAAACUAAUACGAAUAUUAUAGUUUCUAACCUCAAAAAAGAGUUUAUUAGAGUAUGAUAUUUUUUAAAAGAAGAAAAAAAAUAACAAAAGAACGAAAAACAAAGCGCACAUAGAGAGAAGCCAGAGGAUGAAGACUGUUUGUACGAGACUUUAGGGGACUUUGCGUUAAUACACUGAGAAAUAACCGCUGUAAAUUGACUAAAAUGUAUUUUGUAAUUAUUUUGUAAUAGUUUUAAUAGUUUUAUAGAAAUAAAAUGUGCCAUGCACAGCUUGCUUGGUAUUUAAUACUGAAA